ACGGCUGCUGCUGCUGCCAAUCCCCGCCCGUUAACUCCACUGCACAUCUCUCAUAUAUACUAGACCCGGGGCUGGUAGUCUAUCUCUGUGGCAUUUCUGGAUCUGACUUGCUCUGAAGGAGACUGCAGGGUCUUUGAGGCAUAGUGUCCGGAAUUCCAUGAUCACCUUAAAAUUCAUGCAGAUGAUUUCCUGCCCCACUACACAAGUUGCCAUGGCUGAUGAAAUCUCCCCAAGGAUGUCUGACAGGGAAGGUGUUGAAAAGAUAAGUAAUAGGAAACACCAAGAAAGGAAUUUUGUCACUCCUUCUCUCCCAGAUGGACAGAUCUUAAUUAACACUCACCAUGUGAAAACUGACACUUCAUUUGGCGGUAUUUGUGGUAUGAACCUACUUUCAGAGAGCAGUGACACUGGAAUCCUUUAUCUGAACCCCCAAACACCAAACUGGUCUCUCGUGGAGAAGUUUGCUGAGCUUUCACCGGGAGAAGGAACAGGAUUUAAAGACGACAAAGACCCCAGCAGUCAAGGAUUUUUACAAUGCACAAUUGACAAUAAACAAAAACACAAUAAAAUAUAUGGAUCUAAUGAAGUUCUCUUGGAAACUGCACAAAGGAAGGAAAGUAACUGCUCUCUAUACCUCAAGAGCCAUAACAUACAAAGCAAUUUCUCAGCCAAACAGAGGGCAUCUAAACUCAAAGAGGUAAAUGUGGAAGAAUAUUCUCCAGGUGGAGGUGGAAAUAAAGCCAAAAAGAAGAAUGUAAACAGUCCUGUUAAGAAAUUACUUAAAACGUGUGAAGAUGACAAGAUCUCUCGACUUUUAGUAGCAAUGAAAAAACGUGGUGGAGUUGACAAAGAGCACCGUCCCUUCAAGUGCACACACUGCAACUGGGCUUUUAAGAAGCUCUCCAACCUCCAGAGUCACUUGCAAACACACACUGGCCUCAAGCCACACGUGUGUGAUAUUUGUGGCAAGGCUUACUCUCAUCAGGGCACACUGCAGCAGCACAAACAUCUACACACAGGUGACAGACCAUAUCACUGCCCCUUCUGUGUCAAGACCUAUAUCUGGUCCUCAGAUUACCGCAAGCAUAUCCGCACACACACUGGUGAAAAGCCCUACGUCUGUGACACUUGUGGCAAGGAUUUCAUUCGCUCCUCUGACUUGCGAAAGCAUGAGCGGAACAUGCAUACCAAUGACAAGCCCUUCCCAUGCACACACUGUGGGAAGACCUUCAAUAAACCUCUCUCCCUGAAGCGUCAUGAGCGUAAGCAUUUGGGAGAAAGGCCAUUCUCCUGCCCUGACUGUGGGAAAACCUUUACUCUGGCUAGUCGUAUGGCAGAGCACCAGAAGAUCCACGCAGGAGUGCGUCCGUACAUCUGCAUGGUUUGCUCCAAGUGUUUCACGAAGUCGUCCAACUUGACCGAGCACGAGGCCAUUCACACUGGAGCGCGGCCCCAUAAGUGUACAGAGUGUGGCGUGGCGUUUGCCAUGGCUUCUCGCCUUGUUCGUCACCAGUAUGUCCACAAUAAAGAGAAACCCCACAACUGCACAGGUUGCAGCAAGAACUUUAGCCAGCUAGACACAUUGAAGCUUCACCAAGAGCAAACCUGUGCUGGGAGGAUCUUUGUCUGUGUGAAGUGUGAUAAAUCUUUCCAGUGUGCCGCAAAGCUUGCACAGCAUAUGCUGAACCACAUGGGCACCAAUGUCUAAAUCAGUUUAAAGAUACUAUGCACUCCAUUUGCAAUUGUGUUUAAAUUAUCAGUUUUAGACAAGGCACAUCCUUUCAAAGUCAUAGGGCACCAGUUUAUUUAUGUAAAGGUAUGAAUGGUAUUGUGCCGUAAGAGUUUUAAAACUUGUCAUUCAGUCUCAUUCCCCAUGGUGCUUGGUUUCCAUGAGAAUGUUGCGGGAUAAAAAUUGCCAACACGUACCUCCUGAGACACAUUAUUGUGACCACAUUAAUAGACCAGUUUAAUGGUUUAGGGAAGCUAGCUAAUCAGUCAGUCUGUUUUUUUAUGGUGCUUUCUAUUCAUUAUUAUGUUUGGAAGUACAGCUAUUUCCAUGCAGGAGGAUAUCUUUAAAUGUGUUUAUUAUGUAUUAAUAUAUUUAUAAUACAUAUAUUUAAUAAUUGCCAAGCACAAUAAACAGUUAUGUUUGGAAGAUGGUCUUUUAAACUUGUGGGAGAAUGUAAGAGCUUAUGCUCUAGUGGAAUAAAGGGAAACUUGGAAUUGUAUACCUGUAGUGUUAAAUUAAAUUAAUGUCAAUCUCAAUAAACAUGUUUGGUCAUUUCAAAAUCAA